UUUCAUUGUCUUCGUGUUAGGAGUGAUACAUACGGUUCAAAAGUCUGGGUCUUCUCUUUUGGAAGAAUUUCUUCUAUGGAAUAUAUGGAUGCUUUUUGAUCAAUUUUGAUAUCACUAAAAUUUCAACCACAAAAAUUAUCUCUACUGAAGUGCUCCAUACGGUUGAAGAAAAGUAUCCAUCCCCUACCACAAGACAAGACAAUGCUUUUUGUGAAUGCUUUAAUAAUUUCAUGUUAUGUUUCCUAUAUAAACACAUGAUAAUCAAUUGCUACUUCCAACAUCACCAAGCUUUCCAAAAAAGAGUGCAACUGUAAGUUUCUCUAAAUGAGGUCCUUACUUUUAGUAUUACUGUUACUUGCACAUUUUACUUCCAACACUUUUUCAUUAUGCAAUCCUCACGACAGCUCUGCAUUGUUACACUUCAAGAAUUCUUUUUUCGUCAACGCUUCAUCUACACCUGAAUAUUAUCCAUCGUCUGAUUGUUCUUCUUUUUCUUUCAAGACAGAAUCUUGGAAAAAGAGUAAAGACUGUUGCGAGUGGGAUGGUGUCACGUGUGACAACGUGUCCCACUAUGUGAUUGGUCUGGAACUUAGUUGCAAUAAUCUGGAAGGUGAAUUAUAUCCCAAUAGCACUAUCUUUCAACUUAGACACCUUCAACAACUCAACUUGGCUUUUAAUGACUUUUCCAUGUCUUCAUUGCAAGUUGGUGUCGGUGAUCUAGUUCAUCUCACACAUCUCAAUCUAUCAACAUGUUAUCUUAGUGGUAAUAUUCCUUCCACCAUCUCUCAUUUGUCAAAAUUAGUAUCACUUGAUCUUAGCUCAAAUUACAAUGCUCAGUUGGAAUUCAAUCCAUUCACAUGGAAGAAACUCAUUCAUAAUGCUACUAAUUUGAGGGAGCUUUCUCUAGAUUAUGUGAAUAUGAGUUCGAUCAGAGAGAGCUCUUUGUUUUUGCUAAAGAAUUUGUCAUCCUCUUUGGUUUCUCUUAGUCUAAGAAAAACUGGGUUGCAAGGAAAUUUGUCAAGUGACAUUCUCUCUCUACCUAAUCUUCAAAAACUAGAUUUGUCAGGUAAUGAAUAUCUUAGUGGUCAACUUCCAAAGUUCAACUGGAGCACUCCUCUUAGGUACUUGGACCUCUCCGGCACUGCUUUCUCAGAUGAAAUUCCUUAUUCCAUAGGUCAGUUGAAGUCUCUUAAUAACUUAAACCUUCAAGCCUGCAAUUUUAAAGGAAUGGUUCCUCCAUCUUUGUGGAACCUCACUCAACUCACUGACUUGGACCUUGGUGAAAACAAUCUUAAAGGACAUAACAUGUUAAAUGGAACAAUUCCACAUUGGUGUUAUUAUUUGCCUUCUUUGUUACAAUUGGACCUCAGUGACAACCACCUCACAGGAUUCAUUGGUAACUUCUCAACUCAUUCUUUAAAAUCUUUGUUUCUCUCUAAUAACAACUUACAUGGUCAUUUUCCAAAUUCAAUAUUUGAACUACAAAAUCUUACUCGCUUAGAUUUGUCAUCAACAAACUUGAGUGGUGUUGUGCAUUUUCACCAAUUUUCAACAUUUAAAGAUCUAAAUUUCCUCAACCUUUCCCAUAAUAGUGCUCUUUCUAUCAACAUUGAUAGUGAAGCUAAAACCCUGCCAAAUCUUCUAAUAUUAGAUCUCUCUAAUAACAACAUUCAUGGGGGAAUUUCAAAAUGGUUUCAAAGCAUUCUCUUAAACUCAUGGACGAACAUUUAUCACAUUGAUCUUAGUUUCAACAAGUUGCAAGGAGAUCUUCCAAUUCCACCAAAUGGCAUUCAAUACUUCUUACUCUCAAAUAACAACUUCACAGGAGACAUUGCUUUGUCAUUGUGCAAUGUAAGUUCCCUGAAGGUGCUCAAUUUGGCUCACAACAAUUUAACAGGCACAAUACCACAAUGCCUCGGAACAUUUCCAUCUCUUCUUAUAUUGGAUAUGCAAAUGAACAACCUCUAUGGAAGCAUUCCUACAAAUUUUUCUGAAGGAAUUCAAUUUGAGACUAUAAAGUUGAAUGGAAAUCAUUUGGAAGGACCCCUACCACGCUCUUUGGCUCGCUGCACAUACCUUGAAAUUUUGGACCUUGGAAACAACAACAUAGAUGAUGCAUUUCCAAAUUGGCUUGAAACUCUACAAGAGUUACAAGUACUCAGUCUACGAUCAAAUAAACUUCAUGGUACAAUCACAUGUUCUAACACUGAGCAUUCAUUUUCUAAGUUGAGAAUUUUUGACAUCUCUCAUAAUAAUUUAAGUGGACCCUUGCCAACAUCAUGCAUCAAGAACUUUCAAGGAAUGAUGAAUGUGAAUGACAGCCAAAUUGGUCCGCAAUACAUGGGUCAGGGGAAUUACUAUGAGGAUUCUGUGGUGAUCACAAUUAAAGGUUUUUCUAUGGAGCUAACGAGGAUAUUGACUACAUUCACAACAAUUGAUUUAUCAAACAACAUGUUUGAAGGAGAAAUUCCUCAUGUCAUUGGAGAAUCAAUUUCUCUCAAAGGUCUCAACCUUUCAAACAAUGAAAUCACAGGUAAUAUUCCUCAAUCUUUGAGUAAUUUGAGAAGUUUGGAGUGGUUAGAUCUCUCAAGGAACCAAUUGAUGGGUGAGAUUCCGAUGGCUUUGACCAAUUUGAAUUUCCUCUCUGUCUUAAACCUUUCACAAAACCAUCUUGAAGGAGCCAUACCUACAGGUCAGCAGUUUGAUACAUUUGGAAAUGAUUCGUAUGAAGGAAAUACAAUGUUAUGUGGAUUCCCGUUGUCUAAAUCGUGCAAAAAUGAUGAAGAUGAGCCACCAAAUUCAACAUCAGAAUAUAAAGAGGAAUCAGGGUUUGGAUGGAAAGCAGUAGUAGCAGGAUAUGUGUGGGGGGCUGUACUUGGAAUGCUGUUGGGAUACAAUGUCUUCUUCUUUGAAAAGCCCGGAUGUCUUAUAAGAUUCUUUGAACGGAUGUUUAAAGUAAGACUGAAGAGACCACGCAACAGAGCUGGUGGAAUUCGCAGAAGAAUGAAUUAAUUUGUUUCAGUUGUUUUCAAAUAUUAAAAUAUAUAUAAAUUGUUUGAAGUUUAAAUAUCUCUGUUUGAGUAAUGUAGCCUUAUCUAUUUUAGUAUCAUUAGGUUGUCUUUUUUAAGUUGAUAAAUCUACAAAUAAAAAAUUAGCAAUAGAUUGUUUCAGUUAUUUACUUUCUAAAUGUCUAUUAGCUUUUGAAAAAUGUAUGAAGAUAUAGUCUUUGAAAUCAU